AUGGGGAAACGAUCAAAGAAGCUGAAAGCAUCCUCGGACGACGGCACGCGUCGAAUAGGAGACAUAUUCCUGGCGAGGCCUAAAACCAAAAUGGCGGCAGCGCCAGACUCCCCACGCCUAUCCUCGGACGAAGACCCACUGGACUCCCCAGAUGCCAUACCUGAGGCAGAUGACCCUUUCUCCGCCGUGCAAUUAGGGGACCUGGGGGCUCCCGCAACGAAGGGAGACAUCCUGGGCCUCCUGAAACACCUGCGCACAUGGUUCCGUACGGAUAUGGCGCUGCUCCGUGAGGAGGUAACAGCCGUGACGGACAGGGUGAAGGCCACAGAGGAGGAUAUCACCUCCAUGGCACAAUGCCAGACAGACGCAACAGAACGACUACAACAACUCCAAGGCUCACACCAGGCCCUGCAGGCCAGAGUCAAUGCGAUGGACGACUCUAGGAGACGAAUCAACAUAAAAGUAAGAGGCAUCACAGAAGCUGUCAACGACACGGAGCUACCCCACUUUAUUAGGCGCCUCCUGUCGGAGACCCUGCACCCCAAACAGGCGAAGAACCUGCAACUAGAUGGAAUACUCAGACUCCCCAAGUCCGCAAGGGCUCCAGCAGACGCUCCCCGCGAUGUCCUCCUGAGGUUCCAGUCCCUACGCGACAAACAAGCACUGAUGGACGCCAUCAAGAACAAGAGCCCGCUCAAAUUUGAGGGCUCCCAACUAACCUUUCUCCAGGAUCUCUGCAGGGCAACGUUGGAGUGGAGACGUUCUAUCAGCCAGGUCACCAAGACCCUUCGAGAAGCAGGCAUCCAGUACAGAUGGGGCCCUUCCCACACACUCGUAGCCACACAGGGCGAGACCACCCGCCGACUCACCUCAGCUGCUGACGCCGACCCAUUCCUCCACAGCCUGGGGCUCAACCGGCACAAGCCCGACACUGCCAAACCUGGACAUUCCUGGGACAUAUCCAACAUAG